CUUCACGACCAGUCGUACGGGUUCAGAGGGUCACAAAAAACGGCAAAAAAUGCUCCCGAUCAAUUCGUACUGGCAUGCUAUGCAUGACAAAUAAGUUGAGCUGUGGUCGUGGGGGUGCUUUUCCUCAUGUGCAUAAAAAACACACCUGUACAAGAAUAUUUUGUUUCUGGGGCUUACUUUAUUUUAUCCACUCAGAAAAAAACCGCAUCCCUGCCGAUGUGAAGAGAAAACAGCUUCUUGCAGCAAGAAAGCUGCUCUCGUUGAGCACUGGUGUUCAACGGAUAGGGCUUGUUGAACACUGAUCAACGAAUGUUUUUAUUCUGGCCGGGCAGGAAAUAGAAAUUCAAAUUGGAAUUGCAUGAAGAAACAUCGUCAGCGAGGGGUUUUUUUCUUCCGCAUACUGCUCUGUAUGAUUAUAGUUCUUCAUUUCCGCGCAAGAACAGGAACUUCGCUCUCGUCUAGCACGUCCGGUACUUACCUUCUUCUUUUAUGACAGUCCCAGGUGGGAAAUUUUCAAAAGGGAAAUAAUUUGCCAUGCAGAUUGAAAAUUAUCGUUCGACACAAGCUGAGCUCGCCACUUCUGGGCAACCUAAGACAACUUUUUGUGACACUGCAGGGGCUUUUAUUCUGUUUCUGUCAGUUAGUUUGCUGCGACCACUGCUACUGUCAUGCUCGUCAGUGUUGACCCAGAGGAUAGCCCCACCCAGACUUCUUACCAUUUGCCUGAGUUGAUACCUCCUAUGCAUUUCUUCAGCUGUUUUGUGUUUACGUAGCAUUUUAUCCUUCAUUAUUUUCAUUUUGACAAUUUCCCACCUGGCACAUCCAUAUCUUGUUCUCCUCUACAACGACGAACACGAAUCAGAAUCCUGACGUCGACCCUAUUUCAACAUGCUACAAACAAGAACCACGGGGUAUGACUAUUCGUCGGGCAUAUUUUUACGGUAUAAUUUCUAUCCACGAAAAAGGAACAUGAAUCCCACCCCAGGGCGGCGGGUAAGUAAGCAAAAACUUAUCACAGGAAGACAUAGUUGUGCAGGUGUCACAGGAAAAAUUCGUAACAGGGAACAUCAAAGUAAGUUGUUGUACCAGCUACGGACCACUUGUAGACGAUAAAGAUGCAUGAUUUAUUGCGGGAGACGAAAUUCUUGCUUCUAAUGUCGCGAUAUCUACUACUUCGUAGUGGAAGUCUGUUGUACUACAGCAUCAUGUAU